CACAAAGCAGUCGUCACCAUCGUCACGUGAUUUGGUGCUGUGGCGUCGUUUGCUGUUGUGUAGGUGGGGGGAGAAGACGACGAUCUCCUUCAUUUUAGGCAGUCAGCGUGUUUUUACAAGAUUGUUGGAGCAAAACACUUGAAAAAAACAAUGGAGGGAAGAAAUUUCGGCUCAGGUUUUUCCAAUUGGGGUGGUGGUGGAGGCGGAGGAGGAUCUGGAAAUAGAGGUUCUGGGAACUUUGAUCCGUUUGGUGGGAAUUAUAAAAACUCCAUGUCGGGGUUCGGGGGUUACGGAGGCAGCAACUCCAAGAGGGGUCUCUCUGGGUCCUCCCUUCUCCCACCAAAAGGAAACCAUGCAGACGAAGUCAUCGCCAAGAUUAAUCAACGCUUGGACAUGCUUACUCAGUUGGAGGGUGGUAUGAAAGGGGGCCGCAGUGACAGGUUUGGCCAGUUCGAGUCUUUCGACUCGCUCUCCCCCUCCCGAGAUCUCUACAGAUCUGGUGGCAGUAGCUAUGGUUGUGGCGAUGGCCGUGGUGACAACAUGCUGUUGGGCCAGCGAGGAGGCUCGGGCUUCGGAGGGGGCAUGGGGCUAGGAGGGGGAGGCAGCUUCAACAGCCUCUCCUCUUCCUAUGGAGUCGCUAAAAUGCGACAGAAUAUGAGGGAAUCCUUCACCAGUGGCUCUAAUGGUGGAGGAUGGGCCGGAGCAGGCCGACGUUCCCCCAGAAGGGGUGGAGGUGCUGGGGGUCGAGGAUCUGGAGGAGGGUUUGGGAGCUACAGGUCAGACCUCACGCCACUAGGCGGAGGUGGUGGGCGGGGAGGCGGCCACUCCCAAGGAGGUGGUAGAGGCAAGCUCCCAUCCCUCCUGUCCAACCGCAUGUACUCUGAGGGCGGAGGUUUCCAUCAGGGUCCCUCCCAAGGUCCCCACGACUUUCCCGGGAGGCAUUUUGGAGGGGGCCCACGAGCUGGCCGUCAGCGAGGCCGCAAGAGACCCCUCAACAAACAGGGAAAGCCACAGAAUGAUGGCCAAAAGAAGAGGAAGCAGAUGAUGACACCUGCUGAUGAGCCAGAGUCUAAAAUGAACAGGACUGAGGGCACCGACCCAGCGACUUCAAAUGAGCAACAAGAGAAAAAUGGCAACAAUGCAACCAUUGCAGAUGUGGAGACAACUGAGGGAGAUUUGGGUGCACCAAUAAAACAGGAGAAUGUUGACGUGAAUAAAAAGCCACAGGACAAACAACCUCCUCCUCGAACCCAAGCCAAAUCCAAAUCGAAGAAAAAGAGGGGUUUCCAGGAAAGGGUGAUGUUUGCAUGCUCUGUGUGCAAGUUUCGCUCAUUCUACAAGGAAGAAAUGGAAAAUCAUCUAGAUAGUCGCUUCCACAAGGACCACUUCAAAUUCCUUUCCAGCCAGUUGUCUAAGCCAACCACAGACUUUCUCCAGGAAUACUUGCUGAACAAGUUCAAGAAGACAGACCAAAUGGUAAGCCAGAUGGAAAACCACAGUGCAGCCAUUUGCCAGGUGUACAGAGACCAGGAUCUCACUAAGGAUAUAGGCAUGGAGCACUUCUUGAGGAAAGUAGAAGCUGCCCACUGCAGCGCAUGCGAUGUCUUCAUUCCCAUGGAGCUCCACCUGAUUCAGAAACAUAUCAAGUCCCAUGACCAUAACUACAACCGCAAGGGAUUGAUGGAGCAGUCCAAGAGAGGAAGCCUGUCUGUUGCACGUAGCAUCCUCAACCACAAGGUCAUUGGAAAGAAGCUUGAGAGUUACCUCAAGGGAGAAAACCCAUUCGUUGGAAACCAGGAUGGCCAGGAUGCCUCAGACACUGUGGUGGCGGAUGCAGCAGACAGCCAGACAAUCUCUGUCAAAGAAGAGCCGGAAACAGUGGAGGUGGACCAGAACUUGGCCGAGGUUGAAGCACCCAAGGAAAUUGAGCUGGAGGAAGGAGGGGAGGAGCCAGGUGUGGAGGGCAUCCAAGAGUCCAUCCAAGAAGAGGGCAUAGAGGAGGAGGGGAACCUCGAGAUUGAGUUUGAAGAGGAAGAAGGGUUUGAAAUGGGAGAAGAGGAGGGAUACGUGGUCCAUGAUGAAGUCAACGAAGAAGGAUUUCAGGUGGAAGACGAGGGAGUUGAAGCAACAGAGUUUCAGGGGGAAGAUGAGCACAAAGAAUGACUUUUAUGCCAGUCCCCUCCCCACUUAAAUCAAGCAGUAGAGGAACAACAACCUUGCAUUUUAUUUGUGGAUGUAUUUUGUGGAACAUUGGAAAAUUAAAUACAACCUCCAGGUUCAUAGCAGGCCCUCUUCCAGUUAGCAUACAAGUUACCGCUUUUGUGUUUUCUUUUUGUGUGUGUGCCUUUUUUGGUUUAUUAAUUUUUUUUAUAGUUAUUUUAAAGUACUUGUGUAUUGUACAGGUCAGGUUUUCUUUUGGUUCUAAAUUGCAUUUUAUUUUCCUUUUUCCUGGGUUAAAGUUGAGCAGUCGUGGUUCUAAAGGUUCUUGAUAAUUACAAUGGCUAUGGAUGUUAACUGUUCAAUCAUGAAUAAACUUCAGGAAACAAC